GCUCAGGUAGAAAACCUGUGGGAGCUUCCCUCCUCCCCUAUAUCCCUUUCCCCCGUUUUGCUGGGGAAUGAAAUGUUCUUUUCAAUUUCUUUCUGGCCAGAGUUUAUCAGUUGGGUGUUUUUGAUGGUGAGGUACAGGUUUCUAGAUGAGGAGGAUAUGUGGAAUGUGUUGUUCUCCUCCCCUCCUUUUAGGAGAAGAACUCUUCAGACUUGAAGAUGUGUUAAGCUGAAGAAGUGGCAGUGUAGCUGUAGCAAUUGGAGGCAUUUGUGCACUGCAGUUUUACUCUGCAGUCUCAUGCUUGGUUGCCUUCUUGUGUCAAUGUGCUUUUUUUUCCCCAGCACAGUUUGUGAUUUAAUACCUUCUCUGUCACUGUCUUGGGAGAACACACCAACCUCAUCUUCUGCUGCUUGACCAGAUACAUGAAUUUAUCAAACAAAAGGCAGAUGAAGCUUCCUCAGUGGGCCAACUCUGUUAAUGAAAGCUUGAUUUAUAAAGUGCCUGGAGAGACCAUAUAAUCCAGCCUCCUGGCUUCACUAUGUCCAUUAUCACCUCUGGGAGAGAGAAUCUCCUUGGAAUAUCUCAAGUCCAUAUGGCUAUGUAUGAUGAAGAUAUCUUGAAAAAUCCCUUUUAUUUGGCCAUUCAGAAGCGACGUCCUGAUCUGUGCAGCAAAGUUGCAGAACUCCAUGGAAUUGUGCUGGUUCCAUGCAAAGGAAGCCUUUCGAGCAACAGUCUUUCUACCUGCCAGUUUGAAUCUUAUGUUCUGAAACCACUAGAAGAAAACUUUCAAACCUUAAAUGGCAAGGAGAUCUUCAUACAAGGAAACCUCAUCAUUUUAGGAGCUGGUUUUAAUUACCAUCUCUCUGUACCUGUUCUCUUUGAGGAAACAUUUUACAAUGAAAAGGAAGAAAGCUUUAGUAUAUUGUGUAUAGCUCAUCCCCUGGAAAAAACAGAAAGCUCAACUGAAUCUGCAGCUUCCUCAAACUCCUAUUCUCUUAAAAAUAUUGAAGAUGUUAGAGAGUUCUUGGGAAGGCACUGUGAGAGAUUUGAUAAAUACAUAGGAUCUUUCUACAGAACAUUUAAAGAACAUGAAAGGAAAAGCCUCCGCCACUAUAUAGAUUCUGUCAAUGCACUUUAUACCAAAUGUCUCCAGCAUCUUUUGAGAGAUUCACACUUGAAGAUGCUUGCAAAGCAAGAAGAGCAGAUGAAUCUGAUCAAACAAGCAGUUGAAAUGUAUAUCCACCAUGCUAUUUAUGAUCUAGUCUUCAAAUAUGUGGGGACUAUUGAGGCAAGUGAGGAUGCUGCUUUUAAUAAAAUCACCAGGAGCCUUCAAGACCUGCAGCAAAAAGACAUUGGAGUGAAACCUGAGUUCAGUUUUAAUAUACCACGUGCAAAGCGGGAACUGGGUCAGUUGAACAAAUGUACUUCUCCUCAACAGAAGCUACUUUGUCUGCGUAAAGUUGUACAAAUUAUUAUGCAGUCUCCUAGCCAAAGAGUUAACAUGGAAACCAUGUGUGCAGAUGAUCUUCUCUCUGUUUUGCUGUAUUUGCUUGUAAAAACAGAAAUCCCAAACUGGAUGGCCAACUUGAGUUACAUCAAGAACUUCAGGCUUUGCAGCUCAGUGAAGGAUGAGCUGGGAUACUGUCUAACCUCAGUUGAGGCUGCAAUAGAAUACAUACGACAAGGCAACCUGUCUGACAGACCCACAGAGUCUGAGAGUCUGUGUGACAAGCUGCUUUUAAGACAAAGGAUGAACUUGUUGUCCCAGAUGUCUGCUACACCGAUAGACUGCUUGUUUAAGCAUAUUGCUUCAGGUAACCAAGAGGAAGUGGAGCGAUUGCUAAGUCAAGGUGACAGUGAUAAGGACACUGUGCAGAAAAUGUGCCACCCGCUCUGUUACUGUGACAAAUGCGAGAGGCUGGUUUCUGGGAAACUGAAUGAUCCCUCCAUUAUCACUCCAUUUUCCCGGGAUGACCGGGGAUACACACCACUUCACAUAGCUGCUAUUUGUGGGCAAACAUCACUAGUGGAUUUACUGGUAGCCAAAGGAGCCAUUGUCAAUGCUACAGAUUACCACGGUUCUACUCCACUUCACCUGGCCUGUCAGAAGGGAUAUCAAAAUGUUACACUGCUCUUAUUGCACUAUAAGGGAAGUACUGAUGUUCAGGACAAUAAUGGAAAUACUCCACUUCAUUUAGCCUGCACUUACGGUCAUGAGGAUUGUGUCAAAGCUUUAGUCUACUAUGAUGUGCAUUCCUGCAAACUAGACAUUGGCAAUGAGAAGGGAGACACUCCUCUCCAUAUUGCUGCUCGCUGGGGCUAUCAAGGGAUCAUAGAAGUGCUUUUGCAGAAUGGGGCAAAUCCAGAAAUUCAAAACCGGAUGAAGGAGACUUCCCUACAGUGUGCAUUAAAUUCCAAGAUUUUGUCACUGAUGGAAUUAAACUAUCUAACGUUUGAAAGAGGACAAAGUGCUUCUGAGUCACCACUUAGGUCUCCUCAGCUCUCAACAGAAACUUUCAGCAGAGGAUCAUCUGUCUCAAGCCUGUCGUCAGCAUCAACUGAUAUAAGGCAAGAAGAAGUAAAAAAUAGUUAUAAAGAGGUGGAAAAACUCCUGAGAGCAGUUGCUGAUGGAGAUCUGGAAAUGGUACGUUAUCUCUUGGAAUGGGUGGAAGAAGACUUGGAAGAUGAGGAUGACACAGUCAGUACAUCAAAACCAGAAUUCUGCCAUCCAUUAUGCCAGUGCUCAAAAUGUGGGCCAGCACAAAAGAAAUUUUCCAGGAUCUCUGCCAGUGGGCUGGGAGUGAACGUUUCCAACCAGGAUGGUUUUACCCCGCUGCACAUGGCAGCGCUGCACGGGCGCUCCGAGCUCGUCUCGCUCCUGCUGAAACACGGGGCCAGUGUCAGUGCCAAGAACGCAAAACACGCAGCUCCUCUUCACCUGGCCUGCCAGAAAGGGCACUUCCAGGUGGUAAAAUGUCUGAUGGAUUACAAUGCUAAACAAAACAAAAAGGAUAUAUAUGGAAAUACUCCUUUAAUUUAUGCAUGCUUGAAUGGCCACUAUGAGACUACUGCCCUGUUGUUACAGCGUGGAGCCUCUGUGAACCUUUCCAAUGCCAAGGGCAACACAGCCCUGCACGAGGCCGUGGUGGGGAGGAAGGAGGCCCUGGUGGAGCUGCUCCUGCAGAACGGGGCCCUGACGCACCUGAGGAACGACAGGAGCUGCACCCCUGCAGACUGUGCUGAGCCCAACUCAAAUAUCAUGAAGUUGCUGGAAGCAGCACCAAGCUCUGUACCCACAUCAGCAGAAGGAGAGAAGGAGAGUGAGCAGCGUGCUACUGUCAAGAUAAGGAAAAAAGUGCAUUCUAAGCCCUGUGAGAAAGCCGAUGAUCCCAUAAGCAGACAACUUCAACUGGUCCAAUCAAUUAACAGAUUUAACAAAGAAAAACAUUUACGGAGAACAAUAACAAGAGAUAAAAGUGUCCCUAAUUUUGACUAUCAGUUACUGCACCAGAUGGCUAUUAAAAGCUUUGAUAAAACCAAGUUAAAGUCUGUGGGAACGCUGGCCCAGAGCAGAGUUGAGGGUGUGGACAGGGGAAGCAGUGGUGAGUUUGUGGAACACGAUGACACGAUGGAAGUUCCUCACAGGAGCAAGUUAAUGCAGCGGAGACACACGGUUAACGUGCCCCUUCCAGCAGAGGAUGGCAGUGACAGCGGUUCAUCCAGCCCUGGAAGUCUGGGUGUUUCUCAGUCACAAGACUGCUGUGAGGACUCCAUUUCAGAUCACUGAAUUUGAUGCCAAAAGCUGAGGAACUCGGUGGUGUGAGUUUUGUUAACCUUUCACUGUGUGUCAGAGACAUCAGUGCCACUCGCAGGCCUGUGCUCAGAGCAGAGGACAGGACAGCUCUGCAGCACAAACUGAAUGUUUUAGCACUUUGAAGACUGACUCCUGUUUAUGGUGGAGGUAACUAACAGCCAGAUCAUUACUGAUCUCACAAACAGGGACAUACCAAGAUGUAGACAGCAGAAUUACUUUCCUAUCCUACUUAGCACUUAUUAAAAAAUUCUAUGUAACAGUAAACCAAAUGAAACCCUGUAUUGUAUUUUUCAGCCACCCACUUUGUUUUAAAAGUCUUUGAAUAAUUUUUGCAUUUUUCAGUUUUUAUCACUACAUUGAGAAUAUAUUUAUAUAUAUAUAUAUAAAAAGAUAUAUUGGAUAACAAGGUAUUUAUUGCCAGAGAUAACUGAAAUGUCUCUAUUUUUAUUGUAAUGUUACAAACCAUUAUAGUAUAUAUUUCUGUAUAGUUCAGUAGCUGGGCAGACAAUAGUGCAUAACAUCUGCAGCACUGCAUUAUUAAUGUGAAGGGAUGCAAUCCUUGCUGAUUCCUUGGCAAUGCUCCCCUGUAUUAGAGCUGCAGCAUCAAGUUCCUACACAGGAGCCAAAAUACUGGGGAAAAAGUAGAGAGCCCUUGACAAAGCUGAACUUUGGACUUGGCUGUUCACAGCCUAAUAAAAAACAAUGCAGAAGCGUGUAGGGACACACAAAAUAGUUGGGUUUUCCCUUCCUCUAAAGCAAGUAAUGCCAAAAUGCACCACUGUUCAUGAUUCUGAACCUGGGCAACAUCUGCAGACAGAACUGCUUUGGAGCCUGCUCUGGACUGCUCUUAAAAAGGUGACAUUCCCAUAUGAAAGGUACUUCUCUCAUCAGUGAGCUUUGGUUGGAAUAGGCCAAAUCCCACCCCAUUCCCUGAGGU